AUGCACGCUAUGUUUCUAGCGGAAAAUAAUGAUAUCUCCAUGUCUUAUGAAACUUACAGGACUAUAUUCUGCAAGGAUUUUAAUAUUGCUCUUAGCUUUCCGCGCACAGAUACAUGUAGCACUUGUGAUAAAUUUACACCGAAAACUAAAUCUUUAGAAACAGAAAAAAAGAGUUCAAACGACCCCAUACGUAUAACAUCACUAGAUCGUGACAUUCUCAAACUACACACCGCAAAUAAGAUUCAUAAAAUAAAAGCAUCUACGUUUUAUGAUAGGAAACAAAUUGCUCGGAUUAACAGCAGGAAUGCAACAAAUGCAACUGAAGCCAUUUGCCUAGACUAUGGCAAAAAUCUUUCCGUACCUAACAUUCAAGCCAAUGAUGCAUAUUACAAACGUCAGCUUUCUGAGUACGCAUUAAAUAUUCACGUAUUAGGUUCAUCAAACAAAAAGUAUUUUCUACUUGUACCUCCUACCCAGAAACGAAGGGAAAAAAGGUAG